UCUUACUCGGGGCGGGAAAGUAAUAGACGCGGUCUGUGGGGUCUGUGGGGUACGACUGAUGUGAUCUGUGGUGUGCGGCGGCGUUUCAUUGAAGGCAAGCCUGUGAAGAAACUGCAGCCUUUCCCGAAGGCGAUGGUGGCCUCGUGCGUCGCUCCCGGCUGCGUAAAUCGCGUGAAAACGCCAGGAAUUAGUUUUCAUCUGUAAGUAUGCAGCAACGUUGGCAACGUUCCGUACGCACGUUGCAACGAAUCUUGCUUUGAGCUGCCUAGGUGGCGCUACAUGCCGCCCGGUUAAAAAAACAAAAAGAAACCACGACCACCACGGCUUCUUUGGUACACCACGCGAAACCCAAGCACCUCAAGGGCGGCCAUCCAUCGCGACGCGGAACGCGCAGUUUUCAGGCCGUUCAAAAAGAGGGCUUCCCCCUGCCCCGCGUUCACGAAAUCCUGGCUUUGUCCACGGAUUCUGUCCCACGAUAAGUGUGCGUCCUUCGGGAAGACAUCGCACCUCGCGCCAUUCCUCACCAUGCCUUGCUGCGUAGCGUGGAACUGCCAGAACAGAUCUGACGGACCACAGGGGACUUCGUUUCACAAGUUCCCCUUGACCAGACCGGAGCUGCUCGAGCUAUGGUUGCACAAUCUGAACCGCGAGCCGGGGUGGGAGCCCAAUGUACGUUCCGUGCUCUGCUCGGACCAUUUCCUGGAGAAGUGCUUCGACAGGACUGGGCAGACGGUGCGGCUUCGUGCUGACGCCCUGCCCACCAUCUUCGCCUACCCGGAAGACCGUGUGCAGGACAUCAUAGAGACCGUGCCGGCAAGCGUCAAAAGUGCAUCAACAGGCAAGAGCGGAGGCGCCGCGACACCGGCGGAGGACAUGGAGUGCAUGGCCGUGUCCCCGCCGUCGUCCCCCGGGGGGAGCCCCGAUUCGGCCAGAGCACGGGAGGUGGCGGCGCUGGAGCACAGCUACCACGGCACGGCCACCGCGGCCAAGCGACAGGGCCCCGACGAUCGCGAAGUACUCAAGAAGAAGCUCAAGAUGUCACGGCAGAGGGUGCGGCGUCUCGAGGAGAAGGUCUCCAUGCUCAACGACAUGGUCUACUCUCUGCUCAACCAGACCAUCAUGGAGAUGUGACGGACUAGUCGGUGCCUUGGUCGACUCUCUCGGAACGUGCGGAAGGGCCGGCGCAGUUUGUUUUCGGCACUCGGCAGUAGACGAAAGGAAUGUCCGCUCGUUUGUUUCGUCGAACCACGAAACUAUGUGCAGUCUGCGAAACGCUCCGUGCCUAUUUACUCGUGCCCGGAUAUCGCGUGCAGGUGGUCUCGCGAUCCACGGAUACUCCGUUUCACCUUACGAUAAACUGACCGCAGUGGGUGCAACGAGCCAUCCCAGCGCCGUGCCCCUCUUCGAGAUUGCGUGGCACGACAUUGGACUGGCCUAGGCGACGUGUGGCAUCCGCUGUCGUAAGGUGAAACCAGGUGUGGCCACUGAGGAGUUGUAGAGAGUCUGUCUCGCUGAUUCACCGCAAGCCCAAGCUUCUCGUCUCAAGGAGCACUUUUGUUUCAGUAGCGCACGUGUGCAGCAGGCCUGCUCGGCGUUGCUCGCAGUUGUGCCGAAACCAACUAGCGAUGAAUUGUGCUCUAUGCCGGCCGUGCCCGGCGUUGCAUCGAGAACAUCAACGUAGAACGAAUAAAACGUUCAAAGAGUUUAAUAUCGAAAAAGUUGAAGAAAAGAAAAAUUUCACUGGUUCCUCCAGAAGUUUGGGUUCUGCUGGAGCCGUCGCUGGAAGUUGCUGUGCCACUGUUCCAACGCCCGCAUGGGGAAGAAGGUGUCGCCGGCCGGCGUCAUGGGGGCGCCACCGUACGACGCCAGGUGGUUGAAGAGACUCUCCAGCAUCUUGGUGCAGAACUCCGUGCUGGAGUCGAGCGGGGAAGCGGUCGCGGCCGGUGCCGCCUGGAACUGGAUUUGCGCCAGGGGCUCCACAGAGAUCCCGAGUUGGGCGACGCUGCAAAAGCCGUGCGACGAAAAAGCGUGCUCCGGCUGCGCGUCUGCGAGGGUAAAGACGAGUGAUGCUGUCAGUCCAGACAGAAAUCCAGUUGCCGCGGCAUCCGCAAGCUCGCCUCGUCGUUGCUUGGGGAAUCGGAGGGGCUUACCUUCUUUGUGCUUGGACACUUUGAAGAUGGCACUGGGCUUUUCGUUCGAAAUAAAGCCGAGGUACUGCCAGUUCCCGACGGCAUCCGGGCUCGGCCAGCUGAA